GUAAUAUUUCCCAAGAUUCUUUGGUGAUUCGUACCAAAAUAAAAAACAAUCACUCUCAAGAGUAUGAAUUUUUGAAUUACUUCGAACAUGCGACAGUCAGUCUGUCUCAUAAGACUUGUAACACCGUUUACUAAUAAGCGUGAACAUGUCAUUGGAAGAUGCAGAAACUUGUGAAAAUUCUCCGGAAAAUGAAGAUGAUUUUACUCUUCUGGAAGAAUUGACUGAUGACCAGGACACUCUCCCAGUGAUGACAAACGGGGAAGAUGAAACCGCCCUUCAAGGAGUAAUCCUCCAAGACCACGAGUUACUAGGAACUACUUUAACUGCAGUCACAUUCUCUGAUGGCACACAAGCAUUCGUGACAAAUCACGAGCCCAGCGCAGACCUAGACUACAAAGUAGACGAAGACGUCCCCCGUUCCAUAGUAAUUCGGGACGUGGCAGGUCUCGAAGGGCGAGUAGUUCACCUAGAGGUUGAUCCCGUAGUUGUCCACUCCGAGCCCAGCACAUCAGACUCAUCAGACACGACCUACGCUCAAAUCCAGAUAAUAAAUGGCAGUGCCUAUAUGGUAACCAGUACGUUAGACUCAGAUCCUCGAAAGCCAAAAAAAAAGGACUCAAAGGGGCUCACAUCAGAUCUAGAAUCAAAGAUUAGGUACGCCUGCCCUCGGGAGGGCUGUGGAAAAAUCUACACGACUCCCAAUCAUUUGAAAGUUCACGAGAGGUCGCACACUGGGCUGAGACCGUAUGAAUGUGACUUUCCCAGAUGCAACAAGAGUUUUGCAACUGGAUACAGUUUGAAGGCCCACCAGAGGACCCACACAGGUGAGAAACCGUACAAAUGCACUGCCACAGCCUGCGAAAAGAGUUUCAAGACCUCUGGGGAUCUCCUAAAGCACAUGAGGACUCACACAGGAGAGAGACCCUUCCCGUGUCCCUUCGAGGGCUGCGAGAGAGCCUUCACCACCAGCAACAUCAGGAAAGUCCACAUAAGGACGCACACAGGAGAGCGCCCUUACACCUGCGAAGUCUGUGAGAAGUCCUUUGCAAGUGCUACAAAUUAUAAAAACCACAUGAGAAUCCACUCGCGGGAGAAGCCGUACACCUGCAUGGUUGAGAACUGUGGAAAGUCUUUUACCGAGUACUCUAGUCUCUAUAAACAUCGGCUGGUCCACACACCGGCCAAACCAUUUGAGUGUCAGCUCUGUCAUAAGAGCUACAGGCAGCAUGGAACACUCAUUAUGCAUAAAAGAACGACUCAUGCUUUGGUUGACAGUGAUGAAGGGAGUGAUGCUUAUUUUGAUGGAGCAGAUGCGGGGAAGGUGAAGAGAAGAAAGAGUAGGCAAAAUAGAGUAAUGAUGAGUAAAGCUGCACAGGUAGAAACAUCACAAGCUGUAGCUUCUUUAGAAGAAUCAUCUGACAGUGAGACCCAGAUUUUAUUAGUUGGAGAUCCAAAACAACUCGUUGCACUGCAGCAAAUGGGUAUGGAAGAGACUUUCGACGAUCCCACGAUGGACUCAUCCCUAGAAGGGCUGAAUAUAAAAAUUGAGGAAAUGGAAUUUGGCUGGGAUUGACUAUGCGUAGAAGUAAAAUAAUUAUAUUAUAAGUAGAUAGCCCAAUGGAAAUACCAAGAUAAGAUAUUUUAUCAUAUGACAUAAUAAACUAAAAAUGAUUUUAGAUACCAA